UUCAGAGAGAAACGCGCGGCCAUGGCGCUGCGCGGGGUGUCGGUGGUGGAGCUGGCGGGCCUGGCGCCCGGCCCGUUCUGCGGGAUGGUCCUGGCGGACUUCGGGGCGCAGGUGGUGCGCGUGGACCGGCCGGGCGCCGCGGGCGACGUGAGCCGCCUGUCGCGGGGCAAGCGCUCGCUGGCCGUGGACCUGAAGCGGCCGCGCGGGGCGGCCCUGGUGCGGCGCCUGUGCGCCCGCGCCGACGUGCUGCUGGAGCCCUUCCGCCACGGUGUCAUGGAAAAACUCCAGCUGGGCCCCGAGACCCUGCAGAAGGAGAACCCCAGGCUCAUCUACGCCAGGCUGAGCGGGUUCGGCCAGUCGGGAAGAUUCGCCACGGUAGCAGGCCACGACAUCAACUACUUGGCUCUGUCAGGUGUCCUGUCCAGGCUGGGCAGAAGCGGUGAGAACCCGUCUGCUCCCCUGAACCUCCUGGCCGACUUCGGCGGCGGCGGCCUCAUGUGCGCGCUGGGCAUCGUGAUGGCUCUCUUCGAGCGCACGCGCUCCGGCAAGGGCCAGCUCAUCGACGUCAGCAUGGUGGAAGGCGCGGCGUACCUAAGUUCCUUUCUGUGGAAAACUCAAAACCUGGGCCUGUGGGACCAGCCUCGAGGGAGGAACCUGUUAGACGGUGGCGCGCCUUUCUACACCACGUACAGGACGGCCGACGGGGCGUUCAUGGCUGUCGGCGCGUUAGAACCCCAGUUCUAUAAGCUGCUGGUCAAAGGUCUUGGGCUAGAAUCCGAGAACCUGCCCCACCAGAUGAGCAUGGCUGAGUGGCCGGAGAUGAAGAAGAAGUUCGCAGCUGCGUUUGCCAGGAAGACAAAGGCAGAGUGGUGCCGGAUCUUCGAUCGCACGGAUGCGUGCGUGACUCCGGUGCUGACUUUCGAAGAGGUUGCCCAUCACCCUCAUAACAAGGAGCGGGGCUCCUUUAUCACCGACGGGGAGCAGGGCGUGAGUCCCCGCCCCGCGCCUCUGCUGUCAGACACCCCCGCGCUCCCCUCUUUGGAAAGGGACCCGCUGAUAGGAGAGCACACUGAGGAGGUCCUGAGAGAGUUUGGGUUCAGCCAGGAGGAGGUCGACCAGCUGUACUCAGACAAAGUUAUUGUAGGAAAUAAGCUGAGAGCGAAUCUCUGAUGCCCCUCCGCGCAGUGAGUCUGAAUAUCGCAUGUACAGAACGGUACACAGAUGUGUGCAUGGGAACGUGAGGGGCAGGAGGGCAGCAUUCCAGCUAUUCUGAUCAAGAAGCAGUAAUGAUCCCUUCUGAAAAUGGUUAACAUCAAGUGGCUUUUGAUUGAGGAAUGUUUUUAAUUUAUACUAAAUUGUGGCAACUUUCUGUCUUGAUAAAUUAUAUUUGUUGAUAUUAAAACACAAAUAUUCAUAAUAGACUUUAAAUGAAUUAAUAUAAUUUUUUAUUAAAUAAAGCUUUUUUGCCCU